GUGACAAAAUGUAGUUGGUAUAAGAGUGUGAAAUUUAGAACAUAUUGUGGAUUAUAACAAUAUUUAGCCAUGGUUGUUUCCGAAGCCAGAUUCAUCCACGACAGUGACUCCGAGCCAGACGAGAAAGUACCUCUUACAUCAUAUUUAAAUAAAAAUGGUAAAAAUAAUGAAGACGAAACGAAAGGUUGGGACGUGUUCGAAGACCCACCGAUCAAAAAAGAAGUCGGUUCUUUGGUCAGCACUAGAAAAUUUGAGAUAUUAACUAAAAUUACUAAAGUUUUUGCAUAUAUUCUUACAUUUGCAAUAGUAUUAGGGGGUGGUAUUAUUUCUAAAGGAACUAUGUUAUUUAUGACGUCACAAAUCAAGAAGGGACGGAAAAUCGAUCACUGUAAUUUAGAUAUAGAUCGAAAAAAACAGUUUAUAUCUGUUUUACCAGAAGAACAGAGAUGGGCCUGGGUUUGGGCCCUUAUUUUUGCUUAUAUGGCCCCAGAAAUAGGAACUUUUAUAAGAUCGUGCAGGAUAUGUUAUUUUAAAACUUACAGGAAACCUAGUUUAUUUAGAUUUUUAGUAGUUCUUGUUUUAGAAACCCUUCAUACUUUAGGAAUGGCAAUUUUGGUCUUUGUAAUUUUACCAGAAUUGGAUGUGGUCAAAGGGGCUAUGUUGACAAAUUGUUUUUGUUUUGUUCCAUCAAUACUAAGUUUACUAUCCCGAGGCAGUAAAGCUAAAAGGGCUGUUAAAGUAAUCGUCGAUCUUGUUGCAAUUGCAGCUCAGGUGACCGGCUUUGUUGUGUGGCCACUUCUGGAAGGCAAAGCCGAGCUCUGGCUAAUUCCGAUCAGUAUCGCCUGCAUAUCUUGUGGCUGGUGGGAGAAUUAUGUCUCUGAUCAGAGCCCUUUAGGAUUUAUGAAAAAAUUAGGUCGCAUGAAAGAAAACAUGAAGCACUCUCGAUAUUUCUGUUAUAUAUUUAUUAGCGUUUGGAAACUAGUCGUAUUUUUUGGAUCAUUACUUUUUAUCAUUUGGGCAAAAGGCGACGACGUCGGCAACUUUUUCCUCAUGUUUAAGUCAGGAUUUGGAGAUCACAAAAUAAUCGUCGAAGAAGUCGUUCAACAGUUUCAAAGUGGUACUAUAUUAUCUGAUGCAAGUGAAAUAGCUCAACAAGGCGAUUCGAUUGACAAAAUGGCUGCAAACAACGCACCAAUAUUUUUGCUUAUUAUCCAAAUUUUGUCGGCGUAUUUUUGUUACGUCUUCGGCAAAUUUGCUUGCAAAAUUUUAAUCCAAGGUUUCAGCUACGCUUUUCCUGUAAAUCUUACCAUACCAGUUUGCAUAUCUCUUCUGAUAGCAGCUUGUGGUAUAAGAAAUGGUGAUCCUUGCUUUUUCCAUGGUACAUUACCUGAUUAUUUAUUCUUCGAAAGUCCACCAGCCUAUUUUUUGGAGGAGUUUUUGUCAAGGCAAAUGGCCUGGGUUUGGCUGCUCUGGUUGUUAUCACAAACUUGGAUAACUUUGCAUAUUUGGACACCGAAAUGUGAACGUUUGGCGACUACUGAAAAAUUAUUUGUAUCGCCAAUGUAUAAUGCACUUUUGAUUGAUCAAUCUAUGGGGUUGAAUAGACGUAGAGACGAUCAAGCCGAUGUCAAGACUGAGGAUUUGGCUGAAAUCGAGAAAGAAAAAGGUGACGAGUACUACGAAACCAUAUCAGUGCACACAGACGGUUCAGCAAAUCAAAAAACAAUAAAAUCAUCAGAUCACAUAACCAGAAUAUACGCAUGUGCCACCAUGUGGCACGAAACCAGAGACGAAAUGAUAGAAUUUUUAAAAUCAAUUUUACGCCUGGACGAAGAUCAAUGUGCUCGACGUGUAGCCCAGAAAUACCUUCGAGUCGUUGAUCCUGAUUACUACGAAUUCGAAACACACAUUUUCUUCGAUGACGCCUUCGAAAUAUCGGAUCACAACGACGACGAUUCCCAAGUCAACAGAUUCGUAAAACUUUUGGUAAAUACAAUAGACGAGGCAGCUUCUGAUGUACAUCAUACAAAUAUUAGAAUACGUGCUCCAAAAAAAUAUCCAACACCUUACGGUGGAAGACUGGUAUGGACUUUACCAGGAAAAACCAAGAUGAUAGCUCAUCUCAAAGACAAAUCUAAAAUUCGGCAUAGAAAACGAUGGUCACAAGUCAUGUAUAUGUACUACUUGUUGGGGCAUAGGUUGAUGGAAUUGCCUAUAUCAGUCGACAGAAAAGCUGUGAUGGCUGAGAAUACUUAUUUGCUAACUUUGGAUGGUGAUAUUGAUUUUCAACCACAGGCUGUACAAUUGUUGGUGGAUUUGAUGAAGAAGAAUAAAAAUCUGGGAGCUGCUUGUGGACGUAUUCACCCAAUUGGAUCAGGUCCUAUGGUUUGGUACCAAAUGUUCGAAUACGCCAUCGGUCAUUGGCUCCAAAAAGCAACAGAACACAUGAUAGGCUGUGUACUUUGUAGUCCUGGAUGUUUCUCACUUUUCAGAGGCAAAGCCCUUAUGGACGACAAUGUUAUGAAAAAAUACACCACAAAAUCUGAUGAAGCCAGGCAUUAUGUACAGUACGAUCAAGGAGAAGAUCGAUGGCUUUGUACACUUUUGUUACAAAGAGGUUACAGAGUCGAAUAUUCAGCUGCUAGUGAUGCUUAUACACAUUGCCCAGAAGGUUUCAACGAGUUCUAUAACCAGCGUCGUCGUUGGGUACCAUCAACCAUGGCUAAUAUUAUGGAUUUGCUCAUGGACUACAAAAAAACAAUCAAGAUCAACCCUGACAUUUCUCUUCCUUAUAUUUUCUACCAAAUUAUGUUGAUGGGUGGCACAAUUCUUGGCCCAGGAACAAUAUUUCUCAUGUUGGUGGGAGCUUUUGUGGCAGCUUUUAAAAUCGACAAUUGGACAUCAUUUUAUUAUAACAUUUUCCCUAUAUUGCUGUUCAUGCUGGUGUGCUUUACGUGCAAAUCUAAUAUACAGUUACUUGUGGCUCAAAUUCUCUCAACUUGUUAUGCAAUGAUAAUGAUGGCUGUGAUAGUGGGUACAGCCUUGCAAUUAGGCGAGGAUGGUAUAGGUUCACCAUCAGCAAUUUUCUUGAUAGCCCUAUCAGGAUCGUUCUUUAUAGCAGCUUGUUUGCAUCCUCAAGAAUUCUGGUGUAUUGUACCAGGCAUAAUUUAUUUGUUAUCCAUUCCUUGCAUGUAUUUGCUCCUUAUUUUGUAUUCCAUCAUCAAUCUGAACGUCGUUUCUUGGGGAACUCGAGAAGUCGCUGUGAAGAAAACCAAAAAGGAGUUGGAAGCUGAAAAGAAAGCAGCUGAAGAAGCUGCUAAAAAGGCUAAACAGAAGUCUUUAUUAGGUUUCCUUCAAAGUGGAGGCGGAGGCAACGAUGAUGAUGAAGGUUCCAUUGAAAUAUCCUUUGCAGGACUUUUCAAAUGCCUACUGUGCACCCAUGGUAAAACAUCUGAUGAAAAAGCACAGUUGAUACAUAUUGCUGACUCUUUGGAUUCGUUGUCUAAGAAAAUGGAAAAUUUGGAAAGGGCAAUUGACCCCCAUGCACCACGUCGACACAGAACAACAUCAUCAGGAUCUAGGGAUCACCAUUUAUCAACUUUGUCUGAAAAUCAUGAAGGCGACAGUAGUGAUGAAUCCAGCAGUGAAACUUCAACAGUUCCCAAAAAUGAAAGAGAUCCCUUAACAAAUCCUUAUUGGAUAGAAGAUCCAGAGUUGCGUAAGGGUGAAGUUGAUUAUUUGUCGACAUCGGAAAUUCAAUUUUGGAAGGAUUUAUUGGAUAAAUAUCUGUUUCCUAUUGAUGCCAAUAAGGAUGAAGAGAAACGUAUCGCCAGCGAUUUGAAGGAACUCCGAGAUCAAUCCGUGUUCGCAUUUUUCAUGCUGAACGCCCUGUUUGUCCUAAUUGUCUUCCUUCUGCAGUUAAACAAAGACCUCCUACAUAUCAAAUGGCCCCUUGGCAUUAAAACUAAUAUCACUUAUGACGAAACCACACAAGAGGCAAGAGUGGCCGCCGAAUUGAUCGAGCUCAGGAACAAAUCAGUCUUCGCAUUUUUCAUGUUCAACGCAUUAUUUGUACUGAUCGUAUUUUUACUACAAUUGAAUAAAGAUCAAUUGCACGUCGAUUGGCCUUUGGGAAUUAAAACGAAUAUUACGUAUAACCAGGAAACGGCCGAGGUACACAUUUCAAAAGAGUAUUUACAAUUGGAACCCAUUGGUUUGGUGUUUGUGUUCUUUUUUGCAUUAAUUUUGGUGAUACAAUUUUCGGCUAUGUUGUUCCAUAGAUUUGGAACACUUUGCCAUUUCUUGGCUUCAGUUGAACUCAACUGGUAUUGCAACAAAAAGGUGGAGGACCUUUCGCAAGACGCGCUCCUCGACCGCAACGCCGUGCAGAUCGUGAAGGAUCUGCAGAAGCUGCGCGGAAUCGACGGCGACUACGACAACGACUCGGGAAGCGGCCCGGACAGGGUGGGCCGACGUCGAACGAUACACAAUCUGGAGAGGGCGAAGCAGAAGAAGCGGCAGAUUGGGACGCUCGACGUAGCCUUCAAGAAGCGCUUCUUCGGCAUCAAGGCGGACGGACCAGGUACGCCUAUAUUGUCAAGAAAUAUGACAAUGAGACGAGAAACAAUAAAGGCUUUGGAAGUUCGAAGGAAUUCAGUGAUGGCCGAACGUAGAAAAUCACAAAUGCAAACAUUAGGUGCCAAUAAUGAAUAUGGAAUCACUGGAAUGAACAAUAAUCUAGGAGCAAUUCCUGCACCUCGUCAUCGUAUCUCGAAUGCAGGUCUUUCGGUAAAAGACAUGUUCGAACAUCCUGGUGGCCCUGGACAAGUAAAUAGGGCCUACGAGCCUAAUUUAUCCGACGACGAAAGGGCCGAUUCUCUGCGAUUACAGACCAGGAAUCAAGUUACGUGGAGUGCUAACAAUAGUCGAAUGUGA